AUGUUUUGGAGAAUAUCACAAGAGGCAUUAACCAAUCUUGGCAAUCAUAAAUAUUCAGGUAUCGAUGAUUCCAUUCUUGCAAAGCUUAUAUUAAGAAGAUAUUGGGAUCUCUGCAUCAAAUUGGUUCCAUUAUGGAUUGCUCCUAAUCUUAUCACAUUAACAGGUACAUUUGCAGUGAUUGUAUCAUUUUUCAUUGUUGGAUGGUAUUCUCCAUAUCUUGAUGGUGUCAUGCCAACUUGGGUUUAUUUAUUUUGUGCAGCAUCACUGUUCUUCUACCAGACAAUGGACAAUCUAGAUGGUAGACAAGCCAGACGUACUGGAACAAGUUCUCCAUUGGGUCAGUUAUUUGAUCAUGGUUGUGAUUCCAUUGUUUGUACUUUACAAUCAUUGACAGCAGCAAGUAUCGCAUGUUAUGGUAAUGGAUUCCUCCCGGUAUUCCAAUUGUUUAUGACAGCGUUAUUGCCAUUCUGGAUGGCGACAUGGGAGGAGUAUCACACUGGAACUCUGCAUCUCGGUAAGAUCAACGGUCCUGACGAAGGUAUCGUCAUUAUCUGCUUGAUGUUCUUGAGUACCGGUUUGUUUGGAGCAUCGAUUUGGACCACUCCUCUUCGUCAUUUGAUCGGUGAGCAAUCGAGCGUUGCACGUCUCCUCCCGAACGUUGUUCUCGAGUCGAAGCUCAAUCUCCUCGUUGUUAUAGCGUUGACCGUUCCAACACUGAUCACAGUCGUAGUGAACAUCAGAAACGUCAGUAGAGCACUCCGUCAAAAAGGCAAACCAGUUGCACCCGCUAUGAAACACAUCUUGGUGUGGAUGAUCAUGACCGGUUGUGCAUUCGCCUGGUACUACACCUCAACUUCCAUCUACGGAUCACAAUCGAUCUGGAUGAAGAAUCCAAGAACCGUUCAACUAUCCAUUGGUAUUCUAUUUGGAGAGUUAGUUAGUCGUUUAAUUCUAUCACAUAUGUGUCAUAUUAAAUACAGUGUAUUCCAACUUCCAUUGUAUCCAUUGAUUAUUUCAACUUUAAUUUCCAUUACCAAUUUCUCUAUGGGAGUUUCAAUCAUUGAAGAAACAACAUUAUUAUAUUCAUUUUCAAUUUGUAGUUUUAUCAUUUACAGUAUAUUCGUAAAGGAAACUAUACAACAACUUUGCUCAUUUUUAAAGAUUAAAUGUUUAAAGAUACCAUAUGUUGUUUCUAAAUCUAAAUAA